AUGCUGUGGGCAGACUUUGGGCCUCCACUGCACGACUUCUUAGGACCCGAUGGACAAGCCGCGAUGGGCCCGAUCUUGUUUGCCGAGGCCACGAAAGUUCACUAUCGCGGCUCCGUCUACCACGGCGUUACGGAGGAGAUGCUGCAGCGCGGCGGCAGCACCUUCUCCAUUCAGGUGUCCAUCCCAACGUUUCCGACGAACAUUACGCUUGUUCGUCCCAUCAUGAUGUCCAUCCUGACAAGCAACGUGCGCCUUGUCGACGACACGGGGACUGUCGUGCGCCGCCGGCUGCACGUGGCGCACGGUGAGGCGGCGGCACAGGCGUUCAAUCACACGCAGACGAAGCUGGCCUGGCGCCGCCUUGCGAAAGAUAUUCUUUCCCAUAGCGAGAUCGAGGUUAGCCCGAAUGGGCACGCCGUGAAGGUGAGGUUUGCGAGUGGGAAGUGGGUUCUGCCGGCUCAGACGUCAGCGCUCAUCGUCCCUUGCCUGCCCUUUUCCUUGUUUGAGCAGCUGGGCAGGCUCGGGGUGCAGGAUUUGCCGAAUAACUGCCUCGCCGGAGACCCUUUUUUUGUGAGCAAGAAAUCAUUUCUGCAGCUGGACGAGGCACGGUGGAACCCGUCGCAGCAAGUGUUCGUCACCGGCGGGCCCAUCUCCGUCCCUCUCAUCGGCGCCUCCACCGUUUCUGACAAGACCGAGCUGGAGCGGGGGCUUAGCGUGAUGGAGGGCUACACGUGUCUGCACACGCGCAGCGCCUCUGUGCGUGGCAGCCGCUGGGACGUCCGCGACAGGGUCUACCGCUUUACCCCACACCGUGGCGGUGUGCAAACCCUCUGCUACAUGCCCUAUCCAGACACGCUGCCAUUUCUGAGCGUGAAGCUGAUGGACUCGUACGAGGUGGCUGGCCCGGAAGGGGUCUCGACGGAUCCGCCACAGGUUCACGCAGACCUAGAGUUCGCCGGCACCAUCUAUGGCACCAACCUGACAGAGCGCGACACGGCGGUCAUUACGGAUGAGCUGUGCACCGACUUCAAGUCGCAGAACGUCUUCUUCGUCGACCUCUUCUUCAGCAGCAGCUCUCGAGUGAGCUUCCUCGGCACAUUCCACAAGCGCGGCAUUUACCACGUGUGUUACCACCGCGAAGGUUCCCCUAUGUACGUGUUGGUGUCGACAUUAUUGGUAGAGCGGGGUGCGGAUGUCGUGAUCGAUAACGACAGCCCCAAUGUGCUGAUAGACCAGGACGUCAAGCUGCUGCAGUCCGCCUCCGUUUCGCGGCUCAACGUCCAAGAGAAGGGAAACCUCAACCUCCGCCAGCGCAGCCUGAAUGUGUCGUACUUCCUCUGGUCUGGAGGCAGCAUCUCUGGCAGAGGCACCAUCAACUGCACUGGGUAUGCGAAGAUCACCACCCAAGGCUACGAGACGCGGCAGCUGUCGGUGCCGCUCUAUAACUACGGCGAGAUGACGAUCGACGUGCAGCGACUGUCCAUAGAGCGGGAUGGGGCGAUCCACAACUACGGCAACCUGACGCUGGCCGUCUCGAGCAUGGGCGUGGACAGCAUCAGCAGCGUCCUCUCUGCUGGGCGGCGCAACGCGAUCACGAACUACCCAGGAGGCGUCAUUCGCAUCAUGGCGCUCGACGAGCGCUCCUACGCGCUACUCACCGGGCGCUUCAAUUUCCAAGGUGGGUCAGUGCUGCUGUUAGGAAAGAUCAACCUCACCGACGCCUCCAGCUUUGCAGCUUCGACCGUGACGCUGAAGAGUGGAACCCUUCUCACGGCCCAGAAGAUGCACCUUGGCGGCACAGUGGUGGUGGAGGAGCGAUCCGCUCUGACGCUGAUGAAGGGCUGUGUCCUUAUUUCGACGACCGUCGCGGGCGAUGGCGUGGUGCAGCUGCUGGGGGAUGACGUGGUGCUCAACUCGCUCACGGUGACGGGCUCCAUUCGCGCACUUUUCGGCGUAGGUCUGGCCGAUCCGAUCUCCAUCAUCGCCUUCGGUACUACGCAAUUUGGCGAGGACACCGUAGUGCAUGUGACAAACGCCAAUUUCGUGGCCCCAAGCGGGUUCGCCAAGGCGACAUUUCUCGGCCGCCUCAUCGCCGACUUUGUCACGGUGCGCUUCAGCGGCAACAUGAUUCUGCAGAUCGGCGGCGUGGCAGUGCUGUACGGCAACAUGUCCGGCGAAGCCCUCAGCUUCCGUCGCACCCUCACCAAGCUGUCCGGCUACUCGCUGCCGCUUGCCACGGCGUCUUUCGUGUCGCGAAAUGCGACCAUGUUUGUAAUAGACACCUUCCGCCUGGACGAGGCGGUCGAUCUCAACACGCGCAGCGACUCGGCCUCUGCGAAGGGUGCCGUCUCCUCGUCCGACCCCUUCAACAAAAGCAUCGUUAACAGCCCGGCGGCCGCGGCGACGCGAGCGUGUGAGGUGUAUAUGCCGACGUCGCAGCGUCUGACGGUGAGCGGGCGGCUUGUGCUGCGUGGAUGUGUGCAGGUGCCGUCAGGCAACAUCAGCGGCGCGGUGGUGAAGCUGGAGGACUCGGCAGACUGGGAGCUACUGCACCAGACAUUUUGCAUCUUUGCCGAUCCGGAGACGCUGCCGCACCUCUGUCGACACCACCGUCGCAGCGCACCGCCCCUGCAGAGCGGCUUGGCGCUUAGCGAAAAGGUGUCCGUGCGCAACCCGGCGUCUUUCGUGCUUGACGAGCUUACGCUUAUUCACAGCCACACGCGUGUCAUGGACUCUGUCCCCAUCACCAUCAAGGACACAAUCAUCGUGCGGGCCGGCUCCACCCUUGAGCUGGCCUAUGGCAUGGUGAUGGCAGCGCGCCACAUCAUCAUCGAGGGCACCCUCGUUGUGAACAACCCGCAAAACACAGUUUUGAAGGGCCUGGUGGAGGUGAAGGAGGAGGGCAUCAUCGAGCUACACGGUGUCUCCGGGAUGUCGUGCGUGAACGAGCUUCUGGUGGAGGGGCGCCUCUACCUUGCACCGAACGCGCGGGGGUUCCACUUCCGCUGCCUGAGCGCCAGCGAUGACGGCAUCGGCGGCGAGGACACCGAGGCGGCACCGGCCGACCCGGAGGGCAGCGGAACCAUGAAGACGCCGGGCCGCCUCGACGCGCUGCUGCGCAAGCGGACCCUGGCGAACCUCCAGCCUGGCAUGACGUGCCCCGAUGACGUCAUUCACGAUUACGACUCACGCCGCCAGUUCAUCAACCUGUACUGGAUGCGCCAGGCGUACGACCCGCCAGCUGACCAGCCGACGCGGCGCGACAUGAUCUGGAUGACGCUCUUCGGCAUUGCCUGCUGCUUUGGCACAUUUCACAUCCUGCUGGCUAUGUGGGGAUACACGUACAAGAAGUGGUGGAGCGACAUUCGGGCGCCGUGUCCACUGCAGCUCACGCUAACGUGGGAUGAGCUGAGCUACAGCGCCGUCAACUACUUCUUCUUCUGCAGAUUCAUCAUCGUCCACCUCCUGAACACCAUGUCCGCCUUUCACCCGGGGCUGCCAGCGCCGUUGCCGUCGGUGGCUGGCAUGCUUCUGCGCGGGAUGGGGCUGCUCAUGCCGCACCACCAGACGCCGAUCAGCCGCCCCCGCAAGGUCGGCCUCUUCUACAUUGUGUGGCUCUUCACAUUCCUCUACGUGAAAAAGCGGGGCAGCUGGCUGAUAGCGUAUCUGCGCCGCAGGCACCCAUAUUUGCUGGGCGUUGUGCAGAAGCUCUACACGGUGCUGACCGUUCUCAACUUCAUUUUUCUGGCGCCGCUCAUGUCGUCUGUGGUGGACGCGAUUGCGUGGCCGACCCUGCUGCGCAACGUGCCCACGUACGAACUGAUGCAGCAGGACAUCUGGGUCGCCAUCUCCAUCAUUUCCUUCCUGUCGAUGGGUGUCAUGGCACCAUCGAGCAUAUUGACGAACCAGAUGUGUAUCCCUCACAUGGAUCUUCGGGUGCGGGCGUCGAACAUGUUUCUGCACUUCGCGGUGCAGAUGUGGGAGACGGUCAUGUGGAAGGUGUUCUACAACAACCCGAUGUGCGUGGUCCUCAACUGCAUCUGCUUUCAGUUCUUCCGGCUCGCCUUCCUGUUGUGGUUUCCCGCCACGCCGUACAAGAACGUGAACCGAUUCAUAAUCUUCCUGUUGAUGCAGCCCUUCUUUGUUUACCUCGCCAUCAUCCUGUACGUGGUGCUGGUACGCACCGGGGUGUACACGAGCUGCACGCAAGGCACCGACUUGUUCCGCGUCGUCGCGGCGGCGUUCGUCAUCGUGCUCUUCGUCAAUUUUUGGCGCAACGUGCUCUUUACGCAGGAGGCGACGACGCCUACAGGUGACGUCUCCAUCGACGCCCUGCGCUGCUCCAUGACCCAGAUUCGCAAUCGCAUCCAUGACCUGAAGUUUGAAGUGUACGCGUGCACUGACGCAAUGGAACGGGAGAACAUCCUCAACGCCAUUGCCCGGAUGCGGAUCGAGUACCUGGAGAAGCAGGAGCGCUACCGCUUCGAGACACACCGGAUUCUGCGACCGUUCAUCUUCAACGGGACCGGCUUCGACGGCGAUACACACAUGCAGUCACACAGCAGCGUCGCUUCGUACAGCAACGACGAUGGUGACGAUGCAUCCAACCUGAAUCCGGCUAUGUCACCGAACAUGCAGCACGGUACCCUUCUCAGCGUGGAGGAGAUGGAGACCUUCAGCUGCGGUCCAGCGCUAGGCAAAGGCAGUUACGGCACCGUGCACCUUGGCAUUCUCACAAACGGCAAGAUGGUGGCCGUCAAGUAUGUGAACGUCGUUAGCGAGAGCCCCGAGGCUCUGGCGAGCGUGAAGGCUGAGGUGAACAUGCUGCGUGAGUUGUCCCACCCGAACAUUAUCCGCUACUUUGGCGCGCACACGAUCCAGGACACAAUGCUGGUGUUCAUGGAGUUCGCCGUCGGGGGCAGCUUGACCUCCAUUGUGAAGAAAUUCACGCACCUCACGGAACCUGUCAUGCAGCUCUACUCAUUCCAGAUCUUGAAGGGGCUUCAGUACCUGCACGACAAGGGUGUUGUGCACCGCGACAUCAAGGGCGAGAAUAUUCUCAUCGACGGCUACGGUGUGGCGAAACUGGCGGACUUUGGGUGCAGCAAGUCACUGGCGAACAUCGCAAACUCCAGCCAGGUGGGCUGUGGGACGCUGGUGGGGUCCCCGUUUUGGAUGGCGCCGGAGGUAAUUCGGAGCGAGGCGUACGGCACCAAGGCGGACAUCUGGUCCGUCGGGUGCACCGUCGUGGAGAUGCUCAACGGUGGCGAGCCACCGUGGCGAGAGGAGUUCGACAACGUUUACUCUGCCAUGUUUUACGUGGGCUCGACGAACGACAUCCCGCAGAUCCCGCCGGAGACGUCGGAUCCGUGCCGCGACUUCCUCUUCCGCUGCUUCGAGCGCGACGUCAUGAAGCGGGCCUCAGCGGACGAGCUGCUCCAGCACCCGUGGCUGAAGUCGGCUGCCGCGGCGUCCCACGCGGAGGACUCGAGCGACAACUUCUUGUCCUUCUCGGCCGUUUCGUCCCCGUCGCUCAAAUCAACAUACGACGGGCAACGCACCGCGGGUUUCUCGCGCAGCACCCCGCAUAGCUCUCGUGAGGACCUGACGUCACCGCUCAACGGCAGCACCGCUCCCCAGCCACCAAACAACAGCAUCGCUAGCAUCACCUCUAGUGGCUCCAAGAAGUUGAAAUGA